UGCGGGUGAGAUGUUUUUCUGUCUCAUCUAGGUAACUUUACACGUUAUGUCUCAUGUAUUGAUCCGCUGGGUGACUUGUUGAUUGUGAUCGUUGCGGAUGUUGGAGGCUGUGCUUCAUCAGUGAGGAGACUCGGCCCCUGAGGUGCUUUUAUCAUGAGGUAACUUGAGGAGCGAUGGAAAUAACAGAAACAGGGUGGCUGCUCUGCAAAGAGGCUGCACUGCUCCCAAACUGCACACUUUGAAGAAACACAGGAGGAUUAAAGUGCACAAUUUGACUUUCACAGACUGAUCAGAAAUGAUGUUUUUCCUGCUUUUAAUCCUCUGUUUGGGGACUUUUCUGCGCGACUUUCAUGUGUCCAGCUGUGAUGACAACUGUGCAGAUAAACCUGUGUUCAGCUCAUCCAGACUGGUGGUUCAGUAUGGCGACCAAAUCUCUGCCAGCUGCUCUGCAUGCCAGCACGCUUGCCACAGUAAUCAAACUGGUUUGGAAGUAUCUACUGGAGUCACAACACAAAAUGGAUCCAUGAUACUGUGGACGGUUGACAAUGUGACUGAAUGGGACACAUCUGCAAAGUGCUACUAUAAUGCUGAUGAUGGUAGCCAGUGUUGUAGCUCGCUGCCUGUAACUGUCUACAAGCCUCCAGACAUUGUGACCAUCAGCUUUUACCGUUCUUCUUGGCCGAUGUACCCUGGUGGUCACUACACUCUGCACUGUGAGGUACAGGAUGUCGCUCCUGUUGAAAACCUCAUCGUGACCUUCUACAAAGAUCAGACCAUACUGGGUCAGCAGCAGUCAAAGAAUAAAGAGAAGAAACCAGUGACUGAAGCCUUCACUUUAAACUUCAUUCCCACUGCAGACGAUAAUGGAGUCAUGUUACGUUGUGAAGCCAAGCUCGAACUGGGACCUGAAGGACCACAGCCUCCUCCAGUGGUGAUGUCACAAAACACCACCGCCACUGUGUACAGUAUUUUGCACCGCAUCACCGUCAGCGGCACAGUGAUUCACACAGUCAAUACGUGCCUCAUGCUUUUAUUGUUUGCUCUAGUUGGGUCAUUCUCAGUAUAAUUUAGAGGCAGUUUGUUUCCAGAAAUAUAACAAAACAAUAAACAAAAACUAAUAAAGCCCAUAUUUGGUAUAUAUGCAAAUCAGCCUUGUUUGGUGGCGACCUCUGUUGGUCGUCGUCAUUAUGAUGGGAGCAAAGGUGGGGUGGAUGGAUGGCUCAACAAACACGGGACUGAUGUAGUAGACUUACUCACCCUUAAAAUCUGACUCACUUAAAACCAUUUUAAUCUUAACCAGGGUCUGAAGCUGUUUUACUAUAAAAGCAUCACGACUUUCUGGGCGCUGGUUGACUUAUUGAUCGGCUGGAGUGAUCAUAAAAUGUUGGAUAAGUAUCAAACCAUCAUGUAACUAGAAUGUAUGCAAGUCAUUUUGGUCAAUACAUGUAAUACUUGUUAUGGAGUACUUUUACACGUGUAUUAUUUUACUUAAAUAAAGCAUCUGUGCUUCCUUCAAAACUGUCUCGGAGGAGGUUCAGAGUUGUGG